AUGGAUUCAUUUGGAAGGACAGAACUCUCCUCGGCCUCGUUUCUCGACGAGGAAAUCUUUGAUACCAUCGUCGUCGGCGGAGGCACUGCUGGCCUGGUCGUUGCUACCCGCCUGACCGAAGAUCCUGGGCAUAGGCUCCUUGUGAUCGAAGCCGGAGCUGAUAGACGCGACGAUCCUCGCACCCAGUGCCCUGGUCUCGCACCUAGCACGUACUUCGACCCUGACUUUGACUGGUGUUUUACGAGCAAGCCUCAAGCCGGCAUUAAUGGACGCCAGAUUGCAGAACCGAGGGGACGGCUCCUCGGAGGGUCCUCUGCUAUCAACUUGGGCGCAAUGAUCUACCCCUCCAAAUCCGGCUUCGAUGCCUGGGAGAAGCUGGGGAACUCUGGCUGGGGCUGGGACGGCAUCAGCAAGUAUUUUCGCAAGUUCCACACGUAUCACGCGCCCGAGGAAGCAACGCGGAAACAGCUCAACAUCGACCCCAACGAGGGAGCUCUUCACGGCACUGAUGGCCCUAUUCAGUCCUCCUACGGUGGCGAGGGCUGCUACACCCCUUUCAACGAAGCGUGGGGCACGACGUUCAAGAACUUGGGAUACGGAAUCACUGGUAACCCUAUUUCGGGCAUUUCUACAGGCGGCUACUCAAACACUGGCACUAUUGACCCGAAAACCGGGCAAAGAAGCCACGCCGGCGCAUACUUGACUGAUGAAGUCUUGAAGCGGCCCAACCUGCGCAUCCUCACCGAGACGCACGUCGACAAGCUCAUCCUCACCAAAUCAGACGAUGACGGUUCUAUCAUCGCUACUGGCGUCCACAUAGCCCUCAAAGACGGCACCAAGCGCAGCGUCCCCUGCACCACUGAAGUGAUCCUCGCGGCCGGCGCCCUUAAAACGCCUCACCUCCUCGAGUUGUCUGGCAUCGGCAACUCAGAACUACUUCAGAAACACAACAUCCCCGUCAUGAUCGACAACCCCUACGUCGGCGAAAACCUGCAAGAGCACAGUCUCGUGAGCUGCAGCUGGGAAGUCCUCGACCCUUACACGUCAGGGGACAUGAUGCGGGAGCCCGCCAUCGCGGCCGCAGCCAUGGCCGCCUGGCAAAACGGCGGCAAGGGUCCUCUCAGCGCCUGCGCGAUCGCAAACGCAUUCGUCCCGAUGCACGACUUCGGCGGCGACGAGCUCGACAACCUGCUGGACAAGCACUUGAACGACUACGCGUAUAAGCCGCACCCGGCGCAGGCGGCGCAGUACGCCCUGCUGCGCGAGAUCCUGCACAACCCCGCCGACGCGUCCGGCCAGUACGAACUCGCGCCCUUCCAGGUGAGCUCGGAUGCCGGGCCGCAUCCGGGUGAGGUCCUGGGCCUGCAUGAGCCCGGAUGCUUCGUCUCGAUCGUCAGCGCGCUGAACCAUCCUUUCUCGCGGGGUAGCGUGCACUUGUGCAGUACGGACGCUGCCGUCAUUCCGGAAGUAGACGUGGGGCUUUUUGAGCAUCCGCUGGACGUGGAGUUGCAGGCAAGGCACUUGCUGUGGGCGGAGAAGUUGGCAGGGACGGAGCCGUUUGCUGGGCUGUUGAAGAAGGGUGGACGGAGGCUGCAUGGAGAGGGGUUGCUGGGUGGAGAGUUGGAGGCCGCGAAGGAGAUGGUGCGGCAGAGAGGAAUGGGCCACUUUCAUGUUGUGGGAUCUGCGGCUAUGAUGCCUGAGGAGCUGGGUGGUGUUGUGGAUUCUCGGUUGAGGGUCUAUGGGACACGCGGGCUGAGGAUCGUGGAUGCGAGUGUGUUUCCGUUGGUGCCGAGGGGGAAUGUGCAGGCGGAUGUGUAUGCAGUGGCGGAGAAAGCGGCGGAUUUGAUUAAGGAGGAGAGGGCUUGGGCAGGGACGUGAGUGUGCGGGAGUGAUGGUUUAGGGAUGGCUGAGAGUGGUGUUACGAGUUAUUUGCAUCUAUUUUGCAGCUUUAUG